AUGUCUAUAGAUUCAGACGAUGUCUCGCAAUCAGUAUUCGGAGCUAAUAACGUCUCUUUGAAAGAUGUGGACGGAUGGAUCGAACAAUUGAAAAGGUGUGAACCUCUCAGUGAGUCAGAUGUAGAAGCCCUCUGUGAAAAGGCAAAAGAAGUGUUAUGUCGCGAAAGUAAUGUUCAGCCCGUACAUAACCCUGUUACUGUUUGUGGUGAUAUUCACGGACAAUUUCAUGACUUGAUGGAGUUAUUUAAAAUUGGAGGCGAAGUACCUGAUAUGAACUACCUUUUUAUGGGAGACUAUGUAGAUAGAGGGUACCAUAGUGUUGAAACAGCAAGUCUGCUGGUAGCUAUGAAGUUACGGUUUCCCCACCGAAUUACAAUAUUAAGAGGAAAUCAUGAAUCUCGUCAAAUCACCCAAGUCUAUGGAUUUUAUGAUGAAUGCUUACGUAAAUAUGGUUCCGCGAAUGUAUGGAAGCAUUUUACUAAUCUUUUUGACUAUUUCCCUUUAACCGCAUUAAUUGAAGACCGUAUAUUCUGUCUACACGGUGGUCUUUCUCCUAGCAUCGAUUCAUUGGACCAAAUUCGAUCUUUAGAUCGUGUUCAGGAAGUUCCUCAUGAAGGUCCUAUGUGUGAUCUACUUUGGUCCGACCCUGAUGAUCGUUGUGGUUGGGGUAUCUCUCCCCGUGGUGCAGGUUACACUUUUGGACAAGACAUUUCUGAAUCUUUCAACCAUGCAAACGGCCUAAGUUUGACCGCAAGAGCUCACCAAUUGGUAAUGGAAGGUUACAAUUGGGCUCAUGAUGGCGACGUAGUAACUAUCUUUUCUGCUCCUAAUUACUGUUAUCGUUGUGGUAAUCAAGCUGCGAUUUUGGAGGUUGACGAUAAUAUGAAUCAAGUUUUUUUGCAAUUUGACCCAGCACCGAGAAAAGGCGAACCCGUCAUUGCACGAAGGACUCCAGAUUACUUCCUUUAA